CGAUCCCGACCGGCCCCGCCCCUGGCCUGCCCGACCGAGCGCAGUGGAGGAGGCUGCCCAGGGAUAGACAGACAGGCAGACCCACGCUCGGACCGACGGAGGGACGGAAGGAGGGCGCCCGAUGGCCGCGCCUGGCGAGCCGUGCGCAGGGCUGGGGGUCUGGAACCAGACAGAGCCGGAGCCUGCGGCCCACAGCCCCCUGAGCCUGUGCUUCCUGAGAACAGCGGGGGUCUGGCUGCCCCCCAUGUACCUCUGGGUCCUCGGCCCCAUCUACCUCCUCCACAUCCACCGCCACGGCAGGGGCUACCUCCGGAUGUCCCCGCUCUUCAAAGUGAAAAUGGUGCUCGGGUUCGCCCUCAUGCUCCUGUGUGCCUUCAACGUGGCCCUCCCUCUUUGGAAAAUCCAACAGGGAACACCCCAGGCCCCAGAAUUCCUUAUUCACCCUACAGUGUGGCUCACCACCAUGGGCUUCGCCGUGUUCCUGAUUCACAUGGAGAGGAAGAAGGGAGUCCGGGCUUCCGGGGUGAUGUUUGGGUACUGGCUACUUUGCUGCCUCUUGCCAGCUACAAGCACCGCCCAGCAGGCCUCCAGAGGGGGCUUCCAGAGCGACCCCCUCGGCCACCUGUCCACCUACCUGUGCUUGUCCCUGGUGGUGGCACAGUUUGUGCUGUCCUGCCUGGUGGACUGGCCCCCCUUCUUCCCUAAAGACGCCCAGCAGCCGAAUCCAUGUCCAAAGGCUGGGGCUUCCUUCCCCUCCAGAGCCAUGUUCUGGUGGAUUUCGGGGCUGCUCUGGAGGGGCUACAGGAAGCCGCUGGGACCAAAAGACUUCUGGUCACUCGAGCAAGGAAAGUCCUCUGAAGAGCUGCUUUCCCGGCUGGAGCAGGAAUGGAGGAGGAGCCGCCGCGUGGCCCAGAGGCGCACCAAGGUGUCCAAGAGCAAGGGACGCCGCGGCGCGGAGGCCGCAGAGACGGAGGCUGCGGAGAAGGAGGCCCUCCUGCAGCAGGAGGGGAGCCCGCGGGGACCGCUGCUCAGGGCCAUCUGCCGGGUGUUCCGUUCCACCUUCCUGCUGGGGACCCUCAGCCUGGUCAUCAGUGACGUCUUCAGGUUCUCUGUCCCCAAGCUCCUCAGCCUGUUCCUGGAGUUCAUGGACAGCCCCGAGGCCCCCGCCUGGAAGGGGCCGCUCCUGGCCACCCUGAUGUUCCUCGCAGCCUGCCUGCAGACGCUGUUCGAGCAGCACUUCAUGUACAGGGUGAAGGUGCUGCAGAUGAGGCUGCGCACCGCCAUCACCGGCCUGGUGUACCGGAAGGUCCUGGCCCUGUCCAGCAGCGCCAGAAAGGCCAGCGCGGUGGGGGACGUGGUCAACCUGCUGUCUGUGGACGUGCCGCGGCUCACGGAGAGCGUCCUCUACCUCAACAGCUCCUGGCUGCCGCUACUCUGGAUCUGCCUCUGCUUCGCCUACCUGUGGCAGCUUGUAGGACCCUCAGCCCUCACGGCCAUCGCUGUCUUCCUGGGCCUCCUCCCUCUGAAUUUCUUCAUCACUAAGAAGAAGGGCCACUACCAGGAGGAGCAGAUGCGCCAGAAGGACUCCCGGGCGCGGCUCACCAGCUCCGUCCUCAGGACCAUGGGGACCAUCAAGGCCCACGGCUGGGAGGAGGCCUUCCUGGAGAGGAUCCUGCGCAUCCGGGGCCAGGAGCUGGGCGCCCUGAGGACGUCCACCCUUCUCUUCUCCGUGUCCCUGGUGUCCUUCCAAGUGUCCACGUUUCUGGUUGCCCUGGUGGUGUUUGCGGUGCACACUCUGGUGGCCGAGGAGAACGCCAUGGACGCGGAGAAGGCCUUCGUGACCCUGACCGUACUGGGCAUCCUCAACAAAGCCCAGGCCUUCCUGCCCUUCUCCGUCCAUUUACUUGUCCAGGCCUGGGUGUCCUUCAACCGUCUGGCUGCCUUCCUGAGCUUGGAGGAAGUUGACCCCAGUGCGGAGGACGUGAAGGCCGCCAGCCUGGCUGCCGGGAAGGACUGCGUGGCCAUCCACAACGGCACCUUCGCCUGGUCCCGGGAAGGGCCUCCCUGUCUGCACAGGAUCAGCCUCACCGUGCCCCAGGGGUGUCUCCUGGCUGUCGUGGGUCCCGUGGGGUCAGGGAAGUCCUCCCUGCUGUCCGCCCUCCUCGGGGAGCUGUCAACGGUGGAGGGGUCCGUGAGCAUCAAGGGCCGGCUCCCCCCCCUCCCGGAAGGGCUCCCACCUCGGUCACCCAAACUGGCUGUGUCGCAGGGCCCUGUGGCGUACGUGCCCCAGGAGGCCUGGGUCCAGAACAGCUCCGUGGUGGAGAACGUGUGCUUCAGGCAGCCGCUGGACCUGCCCUGGCUGGACACGGUGCUGGAGGCCUGCGCCCUGCGGCCGGACGUGGACAGCUUCCCGGCGGGCGUCCACACCCGCAUCGGAGAGCAGGGCAUGAAUGUCUCCGGGGGCCAGAAGCAGCGGCUGAGCCUGGCCCGGGCCGUGUACAGAAAGGCUGCCGUGUACCUGCUGGACGACCCCCUGGCAGCCCUGGAUGCCCAUGUCGGCCAGCACGUCUUCACCCAGGUCAUCGGGCCUGGCGGGCUUCUCCAGGGGACAACGCGGAUCCUCGUGACCCACACGCACCACGUGCUGCCCCAGGCCGACUGCAUCGUGGUGCUGGCCGAGGGGGCCAUUGCGGAGAUGGGCACCUACCAGGAGCUUCUGCGGAGGAAGGGGGCCCUGGUGGCCCUCCUGGAGGCAGCCAGACCGCGAGCAGGCGGAGCCCAAGGAGGAACGGAACCUGUGGCCAGUGCUGGUGACCCUGGUGGCUCCCCUGGAGGCAGGAGACCUGAGCACGGACCAGAGGGGUCCGUCAGGUCGACCCCUGGAGGGGACGCCACCACUUCCGAAGGCCAGAUGGCAGUUCUCCGAGACGACCCGGAGAGGGCAGGGUGGCCGGCAGCUGAGGACAGCAUGCCGCAUGGCCGGGUGAAGGCCGCCAUGUACCUGACCUACCUGCGGGCCGUGGGCACCCCGCUCUGCGCCUACGCGCUCUUCCUCUUCCUGUGCCAGCAGACGGCCUCCUUCUGCCAGGGCUACUGGCUGAGCCUGUGGGCGGACGACCCCAUCAAGGCCGGGCGGCAGGAGCACACGGCCCUGCGGGGCGGGGUCUUCGCGCUUCUCGGCUGCCUCCAAGCCAUCGGGCUGUUGGCCUCCACGGCCGCCGUGGUCCUGGGCGGCGUCCGGGCGUCCCGCCUGCUCUUCCGGGGGCUCCUGUGGGACGUGGCCCGGUCACCCAUCGGCUUCUUUGAGCGGACGCCCGUCGGGAACCUGCUGAACCGCUUCUCCAAGGAGACGGACACCGUGGACGUGGACAUCCCCGACAAGGCCCGGUCCCUGCUGAUCUCUGCCUUCGGACUCCUGGAGGCGGGCCUGGCGGUGUCCACGGCCACGCCCCUGGCCCUGGUGGCCAUCCUGCCGCUGCUGGUCCUGUACGCGGGGCUCCAGAGCCUGUAUGUGGCCACCUCAUGCCAGCUGAGACGACUCGAUUCAGCCAGCUACUCCUCUGUGUGCUCCCACGUGGCCGAGACGUUCCAGGGCAGCGCCGUGGUGAGGGCCUUCCGCGCCCAGGGCCUCUUUGUGGCUCAGAGUGACGCUCUCAUGGACGAAAACCAGAGGGUCAGUUUCCCGCGACUGGUGGUCGACAGGUGGCUGGCGGCCAACAUGGAGCUCCUGGGCAACGGGCUGGUGUUGGUGGCCGCCAUGUGCGCGGCGCUGAGCAAGGCCCACCUCAGCGCCGGCAUUGUGGGCUUCUCUGUCUCAGCUGCCCUCCAGGUGACCCAGACUCUGCAGUGGGUGGUUCGCAACUGGACAGACCUGGAGAACAGCAUCGUGUCCGUGGAGCGCGUGCGGGACUAUGCCCGCACAGCCAAGGAGGCUCCCUGGAGGCUGCCCUCCUGCGCAGGCCGGCCUCCCUGGCCUCGCGGGGGACAGAUCGAGUUCCGGAACUUUGGUCUGAGACACCGACCCGAGCUCCCGCUGGCUGUGCAGGGCAUGUCCUUCAAGAUCCACGCGGGAGAGAAGGUGGGCAUCGUGGGCAGGACCGGCGCCGGGAAGUCCUCGCUGGCGGGGGGCCUGCUGCGGCUCCAGGAGGCCGCUGAGGGCGGGGUCUGGAUCGACGGGGUCCCCAUCGCCCACGUGGGGCUGCACGCGCUGCGGUCCAGGAUCACCAUCAUCCCCGAGGACCCCGUCCUGUUCCCCGGCUCCCUGCGGAUGAACCUGGACCUGCGGCAGGAGCACACGGACGAAGCCAUCUGGGCGGCCUUGGAGACGGUGCAGCUCAGGGCCUUCGUGGCCAGCCUGCCCGGCCAGCUGCAGUACCAAUGUGCCCACCAAGGAGACAACCUGAGCGUGGGCCAGAAGCAGCUCCUGUGCCUGGCACGUGCCCUUCUCCGGAAAACCCAGAUCCUCAUCCUGGAUGAGGCCACGGCCGCGGUGGACCCGGGGACGGAGCUGCAGAUGCAGGCGGCCCUCGGGGGCUGGUUUGCCCGAUGCACCGUCCUGCUCAUCGCCCACCGCCUGCGCUCCGUGAUGGACUGUGCCAGGGUGCUGGUCAUGGACAAGGGCCAGGUGGCAGAGAGCGGCAGCCCAGCCCAGCUGCUGGCCCACAAGGGCCUAUUCUACAGGCUCGCCCAGGAGUCCGGCCUGGUCUGAGCCAGACCCCUCAACUGUCCCCUGGCCAUCGUCAGUGGCUCCCCAUGGUGGCAAGUCUAGACUGCUACAGAGGGAAAAUGGCAGAGAAGGUGCCAAUUGUCACGGACUAUGGGACCCACGUGGACCCCCCAAGCUCCAGGGCAGCCCAGGCAAGGUCCACUCCGCCUGGCCCACCCUGGGGUCAGACGGCAGUGCCCCUCAGCCCUGGCUGGCCGCCAGACUCACUGGGAGCUCACGGACAGCCCCGCGCUCAGGCCCAACCCACAUGGAUUAAGCCAGACUCCCUGGGGCUGGGGCUGGGGGUGCGUGCAACUUUUCCCAAAUGAACUGUAUUUUGAGAUGAUUCUAAUCUAACCGGCCACUUUAAGAAGGAAUAUGGAGAGAUCA